AUGGUGUCAAACAUUAUUCUAGACAUAGAGGGCACAAUUUGCCCCAUCUCAUUCGUCAAGGAUGUGCUUUUUCCGUACUUUUUGCGACAAUUACCUGCCCUGCUAGACCAAUACCAGUAUCCGCUGCUGGAAGAUUCUUCCGACCCGAUCAAGACCAUCCUGCUCAAAUUUCCCCAGGAUAAGACCGCAACCAGAGACUUGCUGCACACCCACAUCAAGGCCCUGGUGGACAACGACGUGAAAGACUCUGUGCUAAAGGAACUUCAGGGCCUUAUCUGGGCCAAGGGCUACCACGAAGGAACCAUAAAAGCACCAUUGUAUCAGGAUGCUAUACAGGCCAUGUACACGUGGAGCACACAUAAGGACAAAAAAGUGUACAUUUACUCAUCCGGAUCGGUUCAGGCACAGAAGCUGUUGCUGCAGUACGUACGUAGCAUUAACGAGCCGGAGUCUGCGCCUGGCAAGGACCUCAAUGAGCUGGUUUCUGGUUAUUUUGACACUAACAACGCGGGCCCAAAAAUCCAGACCAGUAGCUACUCCAAGAUUGCGGAAAAAAUUAAUUCGAGCCCCGAAGAGUGUCUCUUCCUAAGCGAUAACCCAAAAGAAGUGGCCGCUGCUUUGGAGGCAGGCAUGCAAAGCUACAUCGUCGUCAGACCGGGCAAUGCUCCAGUGGAGUCUGCGCCUGCGGCCAAAAUCUCUACGUUCGACCAACUGGAAUUGUAG